AUGAACCCGAAAAUUGUCAUCAUUGGUGGUGGUUUAGGUGGAUUUGCCGUUGGUGUGGGACUGCUGCAACAUGGAUUCACUAAUGUCACUGUAUACGAACGAGAUGCCGGUAUGGAUAGUCGUCGUCAGGGUUAUGGAUUAACUAUUCUACAAGGAAUUAGUGCAUUAAAACGGUUAAAUGUAUUCGAAGAAGUGCAUUCACUUGAUACACCUUCACGAUCACAUUAUAUUUUUGAUAAAGACGGAGGUAUGAUCGGUUUUUUCGGAACUAUAUUCUGGCCAGAAGCGGAUAGUCAACCAAAAGCAAAUAAGAAGCAUAAUCUACAUAGUGAAAGACAAGAAUUACGACGAAUUCUCAUGAAUCGAUACAUUUCCAUACAUCCGCUCGGCGCAGGUGGUACUCAAUGGAAUUAUCGGCUUUGUCAGAUCGACCGUGCUGCACGUACAGUUUCGUUCACAAACGAAUGUACAGUGACAGACGUUGAUGUUGUCAUCGGUGCUGAUGGAAUUAAUGGGUUAGUUCGUUCAUUCAAAUACGAUCCAGCUAUUGACAAACCUUUAAACUAUUUGGGUAUGCUAGUAGUGCUAGGAAUCACGGGAAAUAUCGAACAUUAUCUAGCAAAGGACCGUGUGUUUCAAACCAUGGAUGGAUGCUUUCGUCUUUUCGCUAUGCCGUUCUCCAAAUCUCGACCGGACGAAUCGAUUAUGUGGCAACUUUCGUUUCCUGCUUCACAAGAAUAUGCUACGGAAUUAUCUCGAAAUUCAGAAAUGUUAAAGCAAAUGCUCAUGGACAAAUGUGCUGAUUGGCACGCUCCCAUACCGGAAAUGAUUGCGAAAACGAAACUAAACCUUCUAAUGGGUAUACCAGCAUUCGACCGAGAUUUAGUGGAAAUUCCCGAUGAAGGCAAAGCUGGUAUUCAAAUUGCCUUGAUUGGCGACGCUGCUCACCCAAUGUCUCCGUUCAAAGGCCAAGGUGCUAAUCAAGCUCUUCUGGAUGCUGUCGAUUUAAGUGACACAAUCGCUCGAAAUCAAUCCGACUUACCUGCUGCUGUUAAACAGUAUGAAGAUCGAAUGAUCAAACGUGUGUAUUCAAAAGUGAUGCAAUCGCGAGAGCGUGUAACGAGUUUCCACCGACCAGAAGUGCUUUCAACAGAGAACUUUUCCUAUCGUGGUGUGGAUGACGCAUUGAUGCAAAGGCUAAAUAAGCUCAAGAUUAAUGCUACAUGGAACGAUCCUAAUAUCUCCAUUGAACAGGCAAUAGCUGAUGAAUUAAAUGAAAAUGUUUCAAGUACAGAAAAAAAUUGA